AUGAUUCCUGCCUUGUCUCUUGAGCAGCUCAGAGCAUCCAUCAGACAAUGCCUGGUCCGCACCUGCAUCCAGUCGCUGCUGUUCCUGGGGCUGGUGGCCGCCGUCGGGUUGGGCCUGAACCUCGUCUUCCUCGCGGCUUACCUGGUGUGUGUGUGCUGCUCCCUGCAGAACAGUGCGGUGCAAACCAAGCGUCGCCACCCCUGCUGCAUCACCUGGACGGCUGUGGUGGCUGGGCUCGUCUGCUGUGCUGCGGUGGGCGUUGGUUUCUAUGGAAACAGCGAGGCCAACGACGGGGUGUACCAGCUGAUCUACUCCCUGGACAAUGCCAACCACACCUUCUCUGGGAUCGAUGUGCUGGUGUCUGGAACCACCCAGAAGAUGAAGGUCGACCUCGAGCAGCACCUGGCCCGGCUCAGUGAGAUCUUUGCCACCCGGGGCGAUUACCUGCAGACGCUGAAGUUUAUGCAGCAGAUGGCGGGCAACAUCAUUGUCCAGCUGGCAGGGGUGCCCGUGUGGACAGAGGUCACCGAGGAGCUGACCGAACUGGCCAACCAGACUGGCUACGUGGAGUACUACCGGUGGCUCUCCUACCUCCUGCUCUUCGUCCUGGACCUGGUCCUUUGCUUCCUCGCCUGUCUGGGACUGGCCAAGAGCUCCAGGUGCCUCCUGGCCUCGGUGCUGUGCUGUGGGGUGGUGGCCCUGCUUCUCAGCUGGACGUCCCUGGCUGCUGACACUGCUGCGGCGGUGGGCACCGGCGACUUCUGCACGGCUCCCGACGCCUUCAUCCUCAAUAUCACGGAGGGCCAGCUCCGCACAGAGGUGACCCGUUACUACCUGUAUUGCAGUCAGAGUGCAAGCAGCCCCUUCCAGCAGGCACUGACCGUCUUCCAGCGCUCGCUGACCACCAUGCACAUCCAGGUGACGGGACUGCUGCAGUCUGCUGUCCCGCUCUUCCCCACAGCAGAGAAAGAUCUGCUCAGAAUCCAGCUCCUGUUGAAUUCAUCUGAGUCCAGCCUCCACCAGCUGAUGGCCAUGUUGGAUUGCCGGGGACUGCACAAGGACUACCUGGACGCCCUCACUGGCAUCUGCUACGACGGCCUCGAGGGCCUGCUGUACCUCGGCCUCUUCUCCCUGCUGGCUGCCCUCGCCUUCUCCACCGUGAUCUGCGUGGGGCCAGGAGCCUGGAAGCACUUUGCCACCAGGGACAGAGACCACGAUGACAUCGACGAUGACCCCUUCAACCCCCAGGCCCGGCGCAUCGCUGCCCACAGCCCCCCUCGCGGGCAGCUUCGCAGCUUCUGCAGCUACAGCAGCGGCCUGGGCAGCCAGACCAGCCUGCAGCCCCCGGCCCAGACUAUCUCCAAUGCCCCCGUCUCGGAGUACAUGAACCAAGCUGUGCUCUUCGGUGGGAACCCACGCUACGAGAAUGUGCCGCUCAUUGGAAGAGGCUCCCCUCCGCCCACGUACUCUCCCAGCAUGAGGGCCACCUACCUGUCCGUGGCAGAUGAACACCUGAGGCACUAUGGGAAUGAGUUUCCAGCCUAA